GCACAGGCUCUCUCUCCACCCGUCCACACUACCGUCCUAGUCAGACCCUUCUAGGUCUCUGGUGCCUCGCUGUGCUUUUGCUCCGAAGUCGGUUCCUUGCGUGCCGAAGGCAGAGGCUGAUCGACCCGGCAACAACCUUUCAAACCACAGCAGCAGCACCUUGUCCACCUCUCCGUGGCAGCGCUGGUUCUUCGACAAUGGCGGUGAUGAGAACAGCAGCCGUUUCUGCUUGGUCGGGGGCUGCUGUGGUGGCUGUUCUGCUGAUAAACGCUGCUGAUGCAUUCGUAGUCAACACCGCAGCAGUAGGAGCGGGGUCUAGGGCCGGGGCGUAUCCGUCUUGGGCCCAGGCGCGCCUGGCUGGUCCGGCGUCGCGCAGCAACAGUGAGGCUCGCCGUGUGAGACAAGGCUCGUGCAACCUCGGGAUGAAGAUGGAAGUGGGGCCCGGGUCCUACGUGGCACUGGUGACACCGAUGACUUUGGAUGGAAUGAUCGACGAGGAGGCGUUGAGAGGGCUGCUCCGCUGGCACGUGGACAGCGGCACCGACGGCAUCGUCGCCCUGGGAACCACCGGAGAAGCGUCGGUGCUGUCCACGGCGGAGCGGCAGCUGGUGCUGGACAUCACGGUGGAGGAAGUCGGGGGGAAGGUGCCCGUGGUGGCUGGGACGAGCUCCGUGAACCCUCACGUGGUCAUCGAGCAGAGCGAACAGGCAGCGGAGCGGGGCGCAGACGCUGUGCUGGUGGUCACGCCGGCAUACGUGAAGCCGUCGCAGCAGGGGCUCGUGAAGUUUUACUCGAUGGUCGCGGAUCAGGGGGCGCUACCGGUCGUUCUUUACAAUGUCCCUGGACGGACGGCAGUCGACAUGGGAACGGCGGCGAUCGCAGAGCUCGCCAAGAACCCCAGAAUUGUCGGGCUCAAGGAUGCAACGGGGGAUUUGUCGCGUAUCGGGGAGCUCAAGGCGGCAUGUCCGGAGGGCUUCCUCUUCUACAGUGGGGAUGACGCGACGGGGAUGGAGUACUGCUUGGGAGGCGGGGACGGGUUGAUAUCGGUAACGGCCGAUGUAGCGCCCCGAGAAAUGUCGGAGCUGGUCCGGGCCUGCCGGUCGGGGGACAGAGAAGCGGCGGAAUCGAUCAACAGCAAGGUGAUCCAACUGCACAGCAAGCUCUUCGUUCAGGGCAACCCCGUCACGGUGAAGUACGCCCUUGCCAGGAUGGGUCGCUUGACGGACAUGCUACGUGUCCCGCUGGUGCCGAUGGAAGGCCAGUACAGAGAUGAGGUGGACCGGGCUCUGGAGAGCGCCGGCCUCUUGCUGCCGCAGCAGAGCGGGCUGUAGAAUGUUCUUACCGCAGCAGAAUAUUUUGUAGUUUUUUUUUGGUAUUGACCACGUAGUAAUGUCGGCACGUAGUGCUGCUGUGUGCAUUUUGUGCCGGCGAACAAGGAGAAGAAAAAAGAAAGCGCAGAAGAGGGGGCUCGGUUUUCCUGGAGGGAAAAGGCAUUGCGAGAUGCCCCGGCCGUAGUUUUGAUCAACAAUUGGUUCGAUCCAGUCAUGUGCGCGUUUUUUUUUUUUUUUGCUCCACUGCCUUCUGUGCGUUCUUCCCUGGCCAGCCAAGUGCUUGGACCGGGCAGUUUUGGCUCUCAUCGUUAGUGUGUCAUGCUAUCAGAUUUUAAGCACAGGAAGUAUUACAUUUUGUCUUGCUGUUGGUUUCCUCUGUGUCUUUGUUCCCGUUUUUUGUGUUAGCGUAUAAGCUGCAUCAUAUGGUGUGCUACUUGUGGUGUAAUCUUUCCCUGGUCGCAUGCAUAGGAUGUGGGGUUUCGAAGCUCAUCUUGUACCUGGAAAAGUUAUGGAUUGAUCGACCUACUCGAAACAAUAUCGAGUGACGCGGUUGAGCGCACGAUUGAUGGAGCAGCGAGUCAUCGACAUAUAUGGCGGGGUAUUGUUCGUGUAUGGCAGAGUAGUUUUAAGCAGACGGUGUCACGUCGCUGUUGUCUACCCUUUCCCCCCUCUUGCCCACUUGUCCCCUGUAGCCGACAAACCGGUCGUUUUUCUUGCACAAGAGGUACGAGUCCGGUCUUACCACAGAAGGUAGUGUAGGAAUGAACACCGUUUAUUUGUUUUUGAGAAUGUGUUGUGUGCGGCGUUCUUCGAUCAGGAAAAUCACGUGUUUAUUUUGUUUCUACUUAAACAUACGCAUA